AUGCGAGACACCGCGCGAUCCCCGCUAUGCCUGGUUGGAGACGCCGCAAGAUAUGGCGAAAAGUCGAGUCUUUGCGAUGCGAGACACCGCGCGAUCCCCGCUAUGCCUGGUUGGAGACGCCGCAAGAUAUGGCUGCUAGUCGAUGUCUGUCACGUUCUUGUUGUCAGUUUCUAUCCGGAUUUCCCGAAUGGGUGUCGGAGUGAUUAUGGUAGACUAACACUAAACGAACCUCCAUCUCCUUCGUGGUUUGAUGAAGUCGAGCAAUCUUCUCUUUUGAAUGAUCACCCCGUUCCAUCUCCACUGGGCAACUCCAGUCGAGCAACGAGUUCCUCCGAUUGGCUCCAUCCAACCCCCAAUUCUUGUGUUCAGGCAGAUAUCCUGACUGUUGUUCCUUCAACAGGUGCUGUCUCUGCAGUCACGACUACCCCUUUCGCUCCUCUACCAUCUGAUGAAAGAUCUCCAUGCGUUGAAGUUGCUAAAACUCCUGCCCUAGGACAAGAUUGGUCGACCUUAUCAGAUGUACAGUCAUCUUCAGACCAUGUAGUGAUUACUAGGCGACUGUAUGAAUUAAUGCAAAAUGUUUGUGAUGCCAUCGAAUCCCUCCCCAUGAAUAAGCUUCUCGCCUGCUUUGGAGACAAUCUUACAACAAUUAGUCAGUUUCUUCAUGAGCGAAAUAACAAAGGAAUGGAACCAACGAGUGCGACAGCUAACUAUACAUUUGUGGAUCCAAUCACAUCCCCGAUCAGACCCAGUCGAAUGGAACCUAAAAAACCAUCCACCCCCUCUACACUCCGUGAAGCAAUGGCAUCAGCUUGCAAACCCACAACUCCAAUCAACCAGGCUCGACUACCGCCUACUAGUUCUUCGAUUUCACGUACUGAGGACAGCUGGGGCGAUUUCGAUUUCGGCGAAAGUAUUAUUAAAACCACUCGGAAACCAGUUCAGUCUGUGCCUGGUGAAUCGGUCGAGAAGCUUCCAAAGCCACCACAAACAACCCAUUUAGUUGAAGCCACAAGACCAGUCCUACAUGCAGAUACUGGUGAAGGUGGUGUUUUUCUCCCUUUGUCCACCACAUUUUCUAAGUGGGAGGCACCAGUUUCUGCAUCGCACCGAGAUGAUCAUCCGGAUGAUGGUUCUACAGGAGAGUUCGAUGGCACGGAUAAAUUUCCCCAUUCUGAGAAGGUGAUGGAGGCGUUUAGCAAGUUAUUUGGGUUGAAGUCCUUUCGUCGCAACCAGCUCCAGGCCAUCAACGCUGCUUUGCUUGGUCUCGAUUGCUUUGUCAUCAUGCCUACAGGUGGUGGAAAAAGUUUGUGCUACCAGUUGCCGGCUGCUGUCCAAGAUGGGUUGACUUUGGUGAUUUCUCCCCUGAAAGCACUGGUUUUGGAUCAAGUAACCAAGAUGCAGUCUCUCGGGAUUGUUGCUGCACAUUUGACGGGGGAAGCAACCAUGACCGAAUCCGAUCGAGUGUAUGCUUCGCUACACUUGGCCACGCUACGCACAAAACUGUUGUACGUCACCCCUGAAAAGAUAGCCGCUUCGGAUAAACUGAAGGGUUGUUUGGAGCAACUAUACCGACGUAACUUACUACAGCGGUUCGUGAUCGAUGAGGCACACUGUGUGAGCCAGUGGGGUCAUGAUUUUCGACCGGACUACCGUAAUCUCAGCAUCCUUCGUACCAAUUUCCCGAAAGUACCAAUGAUGGCCAUGACAGCUACCGCCACUCCCAGAGUACGGGAAGACAUAUUACAUCAACUCAAAAUGAAAAACACCAAAUGGUUCAUUCAAAGCUUCAAUCGGACAAACCUCAAGUUCGAAGUUCGGCCGAAAAAGGUCAAGAGUUGCACGAAGGAGAUCAUUGAAGUCAUCCAUUCGGAAUUCCCUAGACGAUCGGGCAUAGUUUACUGCCUCUCCCGCCGUGAAUGUGACUUGGUAGCUGAAGAAUUGAGUCGUGCUGGUCUUGCCGCUUCUGCAUAUCAUGCGGGUAUGACUGACGCUCAGCGACGUCGUAUCCAAGAAGCAUGGAUCCAAGAAGAUAAAUGCAAGAUUGUGUGUGCAACCAUCGCCUUUGGGAUGGGAAUUGAUAAACCGGACGUGCGUUUUGUGAUUCAUCACUCUCUACCUAAAUCCAUCGAAGGAUAUUACCAAGAAGCUGGUCGUUCUGGUCGCGAUGGCCUUCCUGCUACUUGUAUCCUCUACUACCACUGGCAUGAUGUGGUUCGUCUGCGGAAGCUUAUUCAAGGUGAUACUCCUGGAUCCAAUACAUUCGCCAACAUCCAGCUACACGAGGAAGCCUUAUUUCGAAUGGUUUCUUACUGUGAGAACCAGAUUGAUUGUCGUCGUCGCCAAAUUUUAUCCCAUUUCGGCGAGGCUUUUGAUGCGGCUGACUGCGGUUUGGUGGUGGGUUGCAUGUGUGACAACUGCCAGCAGGCUGAUCGACGACGUCUGGAGCAACGAGAUGUAACAGAAGACGCUGUCUUGAUCGUGCGAGCUGUAGACGGCUUUGUUCGAUCGCGCCGUAAUGUCACCAUCAACUACUGUGUGGAUGUCUUUCGCGGGGCACAAACCAGCCAGAUCCAACGUGCUCAGGACAACCUUAAUCCCUUGUACAACCGAGGAGCUUCAUAUUCCAAGACAGAUGCAGAACGACUUUUCCAUCGUUUGGUAGCCGAAAGCGUCCUGUACGAGGAGUUGACUGUGACUCAUCAAGACCACGUAGUUGCAUACGUCCGCCCUGGCUCGAAAGCUGUACGACUACUGGAAGGUUCCCUGAAGAUACAUCUACCUAUCAGUAUGCCAAGCCGGCCGGGAGCAGCGGAAGCAAAAAUGAUUGGCCGCGAGCCAGAAGAUCGCUACGCAAAGAUCCGCAAUGAAUGUUACGAGGAGUUGGUACAAGUCGCAAAACAACUGACCUCGGAGCAAGGCAUUUCAAACUACGCAACCGUAUUUCCCAACGAGAUGUUACUCGAAAUGGCUGCGCAUUUGCCGACUACGAGAGAAGAAUUGCUACAGGUUCCUCAGUGUACCGAAUACAAGCUGAACCGAUUCAAUGCACAAGAUCGGUUUUUGGAAAUCACAUUGAAUUAUUUGUCCAUUCUGGGGGCCCUUAAAUCGGAAGAGCAACAACAGGAAGCACAGUUGACAUCAGCUGCCCCUGAUUUCGCCACUUUUCCAUCACGAUCACAGUGGAACUCGACCAAACCCCGAGGGCGAUCCAAAAAGGCAUCCUCACAUUAUUUUAAACGCGGCGGUGGCAAAGCCAGUUACUUGUUCGGGAAAUAUCAAAAUAAAGCUACAGCCCGUAACAGUCAGCAGCAGAGUUCAACCUCAACUAAUGGAUGGAAGCGAAAAGCUCCAGAGCCCUUGCCAACAACCAAUGCAUUUCAACCGAAACUUAUGAAACUAUCCGUUAAAAGAGAAUAAAACUAUAGGCAGUAUUUGACUGAACAGACUUAUUUUGCAUUUGUUUUUUACCGUUUUGAAAACCUAGCUACAGAUAAAUACUUGUACUCUUCG